CUGAGCCGGGACCAUGUUUGUUUAUCUGUGGAGAGGGCGGCCUCAGCACUGAGGGCCGAGCAAAUAUUUGUGGUUAUGGAUUAACUUGUGCUCCUGGCUGUCAUGGCGGCAGUCCUUGCGGUGUCUCCACGGCCCACCCCAACAGGUGCCAGGAUGUGGCAGCUUGGAAGCCUCUUCCUGCUCUCGACCAUCUGGGGAAUUUCCAGCACACCAGCUCCUCCUGACUCUGUGUUCUCCAGCAGCCAGAAUGCCCACCAGGUACUGCGGAUCCACAAACGCGCCAACAGCUUCCUGGAGGAGCUCCGGCCCGGCAGCCUGGAGCGGGAGUGCAAGGAGGAGAUCUGUGAUUUUGAGGAGGUGUGGGAGAUUUUCCAAGACAUGAAAGAAACGAUGAUCUUCUGGUCCAAGUACUACGACGGGGACCAGUGCGAGGCCCCGCCCCCGGAGCACCAGUGCGACAGCCCGUGCUGCGGGCACGGCACGUGCAUCGACGGCCUGGGAGGCUUCCGCUGCGACUGCGCGCGGGGCUGGGAGGGCCUCUUCUGCAGACACGAGGUGCGCUUCUCCAACUGCUCGGCGAACAACGGCGGCUGCUCGCACUACUGCCUGGAGGGGGAUGGCGGGCGCCGCUGCAGCUGCGCGCCCGGCUACCGGCUGGGGGAAGACCACCGGCGGUGCGAGCCCCAGGUGACAUUCCCCUGUGGGAGGUCAGGGAAGCGGAUAGAGAAGAAACGCAAGAAUGUGAAACGUGACACGGACCAAGGAGACCGAGAAAACCAAGAAGAUCAAGGAGACCAAAAAAAACCAAGGAGACCAAGAAAACAAAGGAGACCAAAAAACCAAAGGAGACCAAGAAAACAAAGGAGACCAAGAAAACCAAGGAGACCAAGUAAACCAAGGAGACCAAAAAACCAAGGAGACCAAGAAAACAAAGGAGACCAAGAAAACCAACGAGACCAAGAAAAGAAAAGAGACCAAGAAAACCAAGGAGACCAAGUAAACAAAGGAGACCAAGAAAAUGGAGACCAGAGAGACCAAGGAGACCAAGUGGAUCCACGGCUCACCAAUGGGAAGUUGACCAGAUGGGGAGAAAGCCCCUGGCAGGUGAUCCUGCUGGACUCGAAAAAGAGGUUGGCGUGUGGGGCGGUGCUCAUCCACACCUCCUGGGUGCUGACGGCGGCCCACUGCUUCGACGACCCCAAGAAGCUCACCGUCAGGCUGGGGGAGUAUGACCUGCGGCGCUGGGAGAACUCGGAGGUGGAUGUGGACAUCAAAGAGAUCGUCCUGCACCCCAACUAUACCAAGAGCACCAGUGACAAUGACAUCGCCCUGCUCCGCCUGGCCCGGCCCGCCACUCUCUCGCCAACCAUUGUGCCCAUCUGCCUCCCAGACAGUGGCCUCUCAGAGCGCGAGCUCACCCAGGCUGGCCAGGAGACCAUGGUGACGGGCUGGGGCUACCGCAGCGAGGCCAAGAGAAACCGCACCUUCAUCCUCAACUUCAUCAAGGUCCCCCUGGCCUCGCACAGCGACUGCGUCCAGACCAUGCAGAACGAGAUCUCCGAGAACAUGCUGUGCGCGGGCAUUCUCGGGGACACACGGGAUGCCUGCGGAGGGGACAGCGGGGGGCCUAUGGUCGCCUCCUUCCGGGGCACCUGGUUCCUGGUGGGCCUGGUGAGCUGGGGGGAGGGCUGCGGGCGCCCCGACAAAUACGGCGUUUACACCAAAGUCAGCCGUUACCUUGACUGGAUCCAUAGCCACAUUGGAGCUGAGGAGGCCCCCCUCAAGAGCCAGGUGGUGCCUUAGCAUCCCUCCCACGUGUGUCUGGACCCCAGGAGCCACCCUGGGGUGAGGGUGGGUUGUUGAAUAGCAGCCUAUGGGACAUUAAAGGGGGUGUGGAAUAAGCACACC